AAUCCCAUGGCUACUAUUUUUUCUUCUUCGAUUAUUCAUUUUCUUCUUCUUCAACUUCUGUUGGUUUUUCUUUCUUUCUCCAAUGCCCAAACACCUCAACGUGCUGGUGUAGUAUUUGAUCUGGAGAGAGAUCCAUCAACCCUCCAAUAUAUGAUCAAAAUGAACCAAGGAACUCCUCUAGCCGACGUAAAGCUAGUUCUCGAUCUUGGCGGAAUAUUACCCUGGUUUCCUUGUCGUAAGGCCGUAUACAACUCAUCAUCGAUUCAACCAGUCAGUUGCUAUUCACACAUAUGCCCUAUUUUAUCUCGUACAUGUGUUAAUACCAGAGCGUGUAGAACUUCGACAAGUAACCCUGUAUCCGGGUUUGUCUCCAGUGGUGAUGUCAUAUCAGAUCUUGUGAUUCUUGUAUCUAACCCAGACAGCUACGGAAUGGUAAAGAUUCCUUCGCCAAGCCGUUUAGCAUUUGGAUGUGCAAAUUCUAUUAACUCCUUAAGUGGACUUGCAGAAGGUGCUAAAGGAGUGGCUGGUCUUGGUCGUUCAUCUGUUCUUUCUCUAGUUUCACAAUUUACACUUCAAUUUCGACUCGCUCGCAUAUUUGCUGUCGAAUUAUAUGGAGGGACUAGUACUAGAGUUUAUUUUGGUGGUCGUCCUUACAUUCAUUACGACAUUUCGGAUGAGGUUAUGGAACAUAGAGAUUUAAUAUACACCCCACUCUUGAUUAACCCAAAACGCAGAGAAGAAUAUUUCGUUGAUGUAAAAUCGAUCGUGGUGCACGGUAAAACUGUACCAAUAGACGCGAAUUUGCUUUCCAUCAACAAGGAAACUGGAAACGGAGGAACAAAAAUUGACAUUCAAUUUCCUUAUACUACUCUGGAGACGUCGAUCUACAAAGCUGUUGUUGAAGUUUAUAAUGAAUGGGCUAAAAGCUGGAAUGCUACUAUGGUUGCUGCGGUUGCGCCUUUUACUGCCUGUUAUAAAUCAUCAACUCUGCCUUCUUGGAUUAACUGGAAAAAUCCUAUCUCACCACCAAGUCUCUCUUUCGUCUUUCCGGAGAGUCGAUGGGAUAUCGCCUGGUGGGAUCUAUUCAAAGUUAACGAUGUUGCACACUGUGUGCAGUUUCUCGAUGGAGGUUCAAACCCAAAGACUUCCAUUGUUAUUGGUGCUCGUCAGAUUGAAUUUGUAGAAUUCGAUCUUGUAAGAUCACGAUUCGGGUUCGUGCAACCAAACUUUUGGGAUCCGGAAUCAUAGAUUUUAUUUACCCUUUCCAUGGAGAUUUUCGUGGACCUUCUGGUGUUUAGUAUUUAAUUCAGGGGCUCACCGGGACCUAUCAUAAAAAACUGAGUCUGGUGGUUUUGUCGUAGUUAUUGUAACUCCCGUAAGUUAAUGAUUAUGACGCAGUUUAACAGUGAAAUAAACUUAUUGUUUACAAUAAUGGAGAUGCAGGUUGUUUACAGUGAAA